CACACAUGAUCAUCACACACACCAGCCUGGAGGCCAGGUACAGCAUUCCAGAACUGCCAGCCAUAGCAGGACGGCACACACCAGAUCAUGAACAUUAUUAAAUACUUCCUUUUAGUGCACUCUUUUUUAUCCAGAGCGGACCCCCUCAGCCCGUUCAUUAAGCGCUAUGAGGGCUUGUCAUAUAACAGGGAGGCUCUGCAUCAGAGUCACCAGCGUGCGAAGAGGGCGAGUCGGGAGGCGGAGCGGACUGUCCAGCUGGAAUUCAACGCCUAUGACCGGAAAUUCCACUUAAGACUGAAGAGGGACUCCACUGGGUUCACGGAAGACUUUCGAAUCCAUUUCAAAAACUCAUCUGAAGCUGUGGAUACCUCCCACAUAUACUCUGGAGAGCUAGAAGGUGAGAGCCACUCCAUCUGCCACGGCUCUGUCAUUGACGGCCAGUUUGAAGGUUUUGUCAAGACGCAGAAUGGCACAUUUUACAUUGAGCCCACAGCGAGAUACACCAAAACCAGCACAGAUUACCACUCUCUCAUCUACCACGAAGACGACAUUGAUUACUCCCGUGUGGGACCCAGUGAGCCUCCUCAUUGUGGGACUCCGAGUCUGGGACGCUAUGCAGAGAGCCUGAGACAGGAAAUCCUUGGGCAGGAUGAACCUGCGUUAAGAUCAAAGAGGACUCUUGACUAUUCCAAAACGAGCUGCAUGCUGUACCUGAGGACAGAUCACCUGUACUUCAAGAAGUUUGGGAGCGUGGAGGCAGUGGUGGCACAGAUCGGUAACUAUAUGCGAGCCGUCAAUGAUAUCUAUGACAAAGCUAAUUUCGAAGGCAUCCGGCUUAUCAACUUCAAGGUGAAAACGCUAAACGUCAUUUCAGACGAUGACCCCUCUAGUCCGCAGUACUCUCCCUUCAUUGGUCCAGAGAAGCUCCUAAUGCUGCACUCCAGAGAGAACUGGGAUAACUACUGCCUGUCUUACCUGAUGACAGACCGGGAUUACAACGGAGUCCUGGGGCUUGCCUGGGAAGGAAAGCCUGGUAAUUCCGGUGGGAUUUGUUCCCGAUACGCAGUGUUUCAAGAUGGAACCAAAGCUUCCCUGAACACUGGCUUGGUCACGCUGCAGAAAUAUGGGGACUACUUGCCCCCUAAACUGGUCCAUCUCACAAUGGCACAUGAGCUGGGACACAGCCUUGGUUCGCCGCAUGAUGAGAAGAGUGAGUGUGAGGCUUCAACCAUGACUGGAGGUCAAGGGAACUUCCUGAUGUUCCCAUAUGCUUCUGAAGGUAACCAGGCCAACAACGACAGAUUCUCUUCAUGCAGCGUAAAGCACAUCAGCAAACUGCUGAGGACAAAGAAAGAUGAGUGCUUUAUAGAAAGUGGCCUGCCAAUCUGUGGGAACCAGAUUGUGGAAGAUGGGGAGGAAUGUGACGUGGGGCACAAUGAUACGGACCCUUGUUGCUAUAGCGCCAGCCAAUCGGAAGACGUUCACUGCAAGCUUAAACCCCAGAAACAGUGCAGCCCCAGCCAAGGAAAAUGCUGCAGCCACCAAUGUGUUUUCAAGCCACAAGGCCAGAAGUGCCAGGAGGAACGUGACUGUACGUUUGAGAGCGAGUGCUCUGGUGUGGGAGUGGCCUGCCCCUCGCCCACGCCCAGGGCCAACAUGACCACCUGCCACCUGGGGACACGUGUCUGUAUCAACGGGAAGUGCGCCCAGUCGCUCUGCGUGAAACACGGUCUGGAGCAGUGUGACUGUUUAGGCAAUUCCAUGAACGAAAAAUGCUACAUUUGCUGCCAGCAGCCAGGGAAGCCGUCCACGUGUGCCAGCACCACCUCUUCGGUUCUGUUUGAACAUUUCAAAGGCGCUAAGAUCGCCCUUCCAGCUGGGACCGCCUGCUCUGACAGGCAGGGCUACUGUGAUAAAUUCAACAUCUGUCGGUUGGUGGAUGCAGACGGGCCCAUAGCCAGGCUGAAGAACUCCUUUCUGCGCCUCAGUGAAUUUGAGGAUCUAGCUGAGUGGAUGAAGGCAUACUGGUGGGGGAUCCUCCUGGUCAUUCUGGCCUUAUCCACUGUAAUGGCCAGCACGGUGUUUUUGUUUGGACACACUGCGGACAGCGAGCCAGAACUGAAAAAGGAUGUUCGAGCUAGAAGCAAAAAUUCCUGCUGCCCCAGCAAGAGACGCCAACGCAAGACGCAGGAGUCCGUGAUGCAUCACUUGAAUUCAUUAUAAAUCUGUGGCCAGUCCAAUGAAACCUUCUGAAUAACGUUACGCUAACACAUUGACUUGCAUACCGCUUUGUAGUUUUCCAUAUACUUAUCGACAAAAAAACAAACGGACAACAAGUGAAAAAUGUGACAUUUUUGAAGUCUAACAGGAAAUGCUGUACUGCUGUUAUGACUUUAUGUAGCUUCUUUGAUUAAAUGAUGCUGCAUAACAUAUCAAGAUUAUGUUCUUGUAGUUAUGAGUCACCUUCAGCAUGUUUCCAUUGUUGCAGAGCGUAUAGUAUUUAUAGUAGGAGUGCAGGAGCUUUAAUGUCAGCUGUGCAAGGUAUGGCACCAGCGCCUCAUGCAGUAAUAAUGACGGCUGUGGCUUCUGCCAGUCACCGUGCCGGUCAGGGCGUGCCAUAAAUCACAAACACAGCAGACGGACAAUGUCAUUACAAUUCAGUUCUGCAUUUAAAAGGCUGAAAGAUGAACAGCAGGUCAGAUCAACCCCUUAGCUGGUACCGAAUUCCAGUUCUGAGAUCAUGCUGUUUUUGAGUUUCUCUUCACAUGCUCCAGAGCUGUGCUAUUCACUUGGGGCUCUUUCAGUCCAAUCCAGGACCUAGACCCAACACAGUGUUUAAUUACUGCAUUGGACACAAUGCAGAGUAGGUUCAAUUGAAGACCAGGUUGGAAGUAGGGUGACUGGAAUGGUUGGAAAGAGCCAUAAGGGAAUAUCAAUGACUAGAACAAUAGAGAUAUGCACAUCAACAGCAAUACAUAUUUAGAGCAAUACAUGGAUCUAUGGAGGUAUAAGCUGUAUUUCUGCAUGCUUUUUUGUGUGUGAUGAAAGGUAAAGGUAAUUGACACAACCUGGCAUAAUUCCUGCUUCCCCCCUUCCAUUCAGUCCAGGGCCUCUCUCUGGUGGACUGUCCGUUGUUUUGAAUCACUUGGUGAGAUGCAAGUUAAGUAGCCCAUUGCAAUUUGGACAAAUUAACUUGAUGAAGUUUAAAAAAAAUAAAAUAAAAAAUCC